GUACGUUACGUUCCCUCCAAAAUCAGAGAGCAGAAACACGACAUCGACACUGCGGUUUCUCUGCUCAGUAUUCAGUACACAACAGGACACAAGCAGGAGUACUUGCCUUGCCUCAUUGAAUUACUCUAUAGCAGGCAUGUGGCCGACGACGGCCAUGUCGCUGACGACGACGAGCCACCUGCCCGUCUGCAAGGCGCAGGAUGUUGUCUCCAAGCAAGCGCCGCCUCCCACCAAGAGCAGGCGGAGGCUGCUCCAAUCAGCCGGUCUCGGGCUCGGGCUCGCCAUGACAAAGCAGACCGCACGCGCUGAGCCGCCGCCGACCUUGGCGCCGGAGGAGCUGACAUCAAGCCGCAUGUCCUACUCCAGGUUCCUGGACUACCUCAACGCCGGCGCCAUCAAGAAGGUGGAUUUCUUCUUCCAGAACGGCACCGUGGCCGUCGCCGAGGUGGACGACCCGGUGCUGGCUCGAGCCCACCGCGUCAAGGUCCAGCUCCCGGGGCUCCCCGCCGAGCUGGUCCGGAAGCUCCGGGAUAAGGGCGUCGAUUUCGCGGCCCAACAGCCCGAGCCCAACGUUGGGCUGGACGUCCUCGGCCUCCUGCUUAACCUCGGCUUCCCUCUCCUCUUCCUCGCAUCCCUCUUCCUGCGGUCGAGGACGAACAACCCCGGCGGCGUUGGCGGGCCGAGCCUGCCGUUCGGGCUGGGCCGGUCCAAGGCCAAGUUCCAGAUGGAGCCCAACACGGGCGUCACGUUCGACGACGUGGCCGGCGUCGACGAGGCGAAGCAGGACUUCCAGGAGAUCGUGCAGUUCUUGAAGUCCCCGGACAAGUUCACGGCGGUGGGCGCGAGGAUCCCGAGAGGGGUGCUGCUGGUGGGCCCGCCGGGCACGGGGAAGACGCUGCUGGCCAGGGCCAUCGCGGGGGAGGCCGGGGUGCCCUUCUUCUCGCUGUCCGGGUCGGAGUUCAUCGAGAUGUUUGUCGGCGUGGGCGCGUCUCGGGUGCGCGACCUUUUCGCCAAGGCCAAGGCAAACGCGCCGUGCCUGGUGUUCGUGGACGAGAUCGACGCCGUGGGGCGGCAGCGCGGCACGGGCAUCGGCGGCGGCAACGACGAGAGGGAGCAGACCCUGAACCAGCUGCUCACCGAGAUGGACGGGUUCAGCGGAGACAGCACAGGCGUCAUAGUGAUUGCCGCCACGAACCGGCCGGAGAUCCUUGACGCGGCGCUGCUCCGGCCCGGCCGCUUUGACAGGCAGGUGUCCGUGGGGCUCCCUGAUGUGCGUGGCCGCGAGGAGAUCCUCAGGGUGCACGCCGCCAACAAGAGGCUGGACGAGGGCGUGUCAUUGGGCGUGGUGGCCAUGCGCACGCCGGGCUUCAGUGGCGCCGACCUUGCUAACCUCAUGAACGAGGCCGCCAUCCUUGCCGGCCGCCGCGGCAAGGACCGCAUCUCCGUCAAGGAGAUCGAUGACUCCACCGACCGCAUCGUCGCCGGCCUGGAGGGCACCAGCAUGACCGACGGAAAGAGCAAGACGCUCGUUGCCUAUCACGAGAUCGGCCACGCCGUCUGCGCGACGCUGACGCCGGGGCACGACGCGGUGCAGAAGGUGACGCUGAUCCCGCGGGGGCAGGCGCGGGGGCUGACGUGGUUCCUGCCCGGCGAGGACCCGGCGCUGGUGACCAAGCAGCAGAUCCUGGCCAGGAUCGUGGGCGGGCUCGGCGGCCGCGCAGCGGAGGAGGUGAUCUUCGGCGAGCCUGAGGUGACCACGGGCGCGGCGGGGGACCUGCAGCAGGUGACGCAGGUGGCGCGGCAGAUGGUGACCACGUUCGGCAUGUCGGAGAUCGGGCCGUGGGCGCUGACGGACCAGGCCGCGCGGAGCGGGGACGUCGUGCUACGGAUGAUGGCCAGGAACUCCAUGUCUGAGAGGCUCGCCGCCGACAUCGACAGGACGGUGAAGGCCAUCGUGGACGAGGCGUAUGAGGUUGCCAAGGCGCACAUCAGGAGGACCCGGCCGGCCAUCGACCAGCUGGUGGACGUGCUCAUGGAGAAGGAGACGCUCACCGGCGAUGAGUUCAGGGCGGUCUUGUCGGAGUACGUUGAUAUUGGCAAGGAGCAGCGGGACACGGCCGCGCGGACAGACAUGGUUACUGCUUGAAACUUCCAGACAGUAGAAUUAUGUAGUGUAGAACGACAGCAUAGCUUUGAUGUAAAAAUGAAUUGCAAGGAACUUCUUCAUAAUUAUUGUCUCAAAUUUAUCCAAAUAUGAAUGUAUUUAUCCUUAAAAAGUGUCUACACACAUGUAUUUGACAAGAAUUAUAAGACGGAGCAAUACCUCA